AUGCCCAAAGGGCACGUUCUGCAAGUCAGUUUCCUGUCCGUAGGCUCUCAGCAUGACUCAGUCCCUGGUCUGGGAAGCCUGACGUUACUUUGUUUCUCCGCCACUGCCUCUGCUGCCAACACGAUUCCAGGGAGAAAAGGAGAGCAGAGUUCAGAGGCCUGUGUGUGUACUGCCUGCCGAAAAGAAUGGAUUGGAUUUAGAGGGAAGUGUUAUUAUUUUUCUGAGGAUACAAGGAAUUGGACACACAGUCAGAAGUUUUGUGCCUCAAUGGAAGCCAGCCUUGUUCUGAUUGAAACGCAGGAGGAACUGAAUUUCCUGAAAAGAUAUAAAGGUCCAUCUGACCAUUGGAUUGGCCUUAGCAGAGAAUCAUCACGGGAUAUCUGGAAAUGGACAGAUGGCACUAACCAUAAUAACUCGUUUAUCAUUAAAGGAGUUGGAGAAUGUGCCUACCUGAAUGACAAUGGCGUCAGUAGUGCCAGGACCUACACAGAUAGAAAAUGGAUUUGUAACACAUAA